AUGGAGAGUCCAGAUUCAAAUCAAUGCUCCUCUGGUUCAUUUAGCCCAGUGGAGAUGCCUAGCUCAGUAACAGAAGCAGAGCUCAGAGAACUUACCGAACUUGACGAUGUAGCCGUCAUUGGAAUGGCCUGCCGUGUGGCCGGUGGAAACCACAGCCCGGAACAACUUUGGGAGUCCAUUCUGGCGAAACGAGUCGCUUCGUCCGAGAUUCCGCCUAUGAGAUGGGAACCCUACCGCCACCGUGACGUCCGCAACAUCAAAGCGCUCGAUAAUACAACCUCUCGUGGAUACUAUCUGGAUGCCUUGGAGGACUUCGACCCGUACUUCUUUGGAAUCUCGCCUAAGGAGGCUGAGCAGAUGGACCCGCAGCAACGUGUCUCUCUCGAAGUAGCGUGGGAGGCGCUUGAACAUGCAGGCAUAGAUCCCAAGGAGCUCUCCGGCUCUGACACUUCCGUGUUUAUGGGUGUAAAUUCUGAUGAUUACGGAAAGUUGCUGUUGGAGGACCUGCCUAAUAUCGAGCCCUGGUUAGGCAUAGGAACCGCGUACUGCGGCAUACCGAAUCGAAUAUCAUAUCAAUUGAACCUCAUGGGCCCGAGCACGGCGGUUGAUGCGGCAUGCGCAAGUUCACUAGUGGCGAUUCACCAUGGACGCCAGGCAAUCUUGUGUGGAGAGUCGAAAAUCGCUAUUACUGGUGGCGUAAAUGCGCUUUGCGGGCCUGGGUUGACGCGGGUAUUAGAUAAAGCUGGUGCUAUAUCGCCUGAUGGCUCGUGUUUGUCUUUCGAUGACAAUGCACAUGGUUAUGGAAGGGGAGAAGGUGCCGCAGUUGUUGUGUUAAAGCGCCUUCGGGACGCGAUAAAAGAUGGAGAUAACAUCAUUGCUCUUCUCAAGGGCUCUGCGGUUGCUCAGGACGGCAAGACGAACGGUAUUAUGGCCCCGAACGCGAAGGCACAGGAACUUGUUGCUCGACAAGCCCUUAAGCAAGCAAACAUUGACCCUGCGACUGUAGAGUAUGUUGAGGCUCAUGCGACAUCGACGCCUUUGGGGGAUCCGACUGAAGUCAGCGCAAUAUCGGCGGUCUACGGUGUAUCCAGGUCGAAGCCGGUGAACAUAGGAUCAGUGAAGCCAAAUGUCGGCCAUCUCGAAGCAGGUGCGGGAGCAAUAGGGUUCGUUAAGGCUGUUCUGGCACUGAACAAGACGCAGUUUCCGCCGCAGGCCAACCUCACCAAGCUCAACUCUAAGGUUGACUGGGAAAACUCGGGCACACAAGUCGUGCAAGAGGUUUCCGACUGGCUGGAGGUGGAGGCACAUCCGCGCCGAGCGGCCAUAUGUUCAUAUGGAUAUGGGGGCACCGUUUCCCACGCUAUCAUCGAGCAGUCUUCGUUUCGCCUUGCUACAAUGAACCAACAGUACAGCGAAUCCGCUCACGUGCCAGUUACGCUUGCCGUCUCGGCCCCACAACGAAGAAGACUUGAUGGGCAGGCAGGCUUGCUGGCGAGGUGGUUGAUGGGUCCAGGGAAGGGUGAAGAUUUGAGGUCAAUUGCGAACACCCUUGCUCUCCACCGCGCUCACCAUGAGUACCGAGCAGCAUUUGCUGUUACAAGUGUAGAGCAGGCAGCGAAAGUGCUCAAAACAUUCGCCGAAGGUGGUAACAACGGCGAGUGGGUUUCCCAGGGCAAUGCGCUUGCGCCCAGUACAAAGAAAGACGUCGUUUGGGUUUUCUCCGGUCAUGGCGCUCAGUGGAACGAAAUGGCUAGGCAGCUGGUUGACAAUCCCGUCUUCCACAGCGCUGUUGAGCCCUUAGACCGUAUCGUGCAAGCGGAGGCUGGGUUCUCCCCUAUCAUGGCGUUCCGAAAGAGUGGGAACGACUACGACCAGUCCGAUCGGGUGCAAAUCUUGACAUAUGUCUUCCAAAUGGGACUUGUGGCUUUGUUGAGGUCAGAAGGAGUCAGUCCUGGUGCCAUCAUUGGGCAUUCUGUGGGGGAGAUUGCCGCCUCGGUGACAGCAGGCUGCCUUACCUCAGAAGAAGGUGCCUUGGUUGUCACUAGAAGAGCUGGUCAGUACGCCAAAGUCAAAGGUCUCGGAGCUAUGUUCCUUGUAAAUCUGCCCUUUGAUCAAGUGAAGACGGAGCUAUACCAUGAGCAAGAUGUUGUUGCAGCGAUCCAUUCGUCGCCCUCCGCUUGCGUCAUUAGCGGAAGGGUCAAAGCCACAGAGAUAUAUGUUGAGAAACUCAAAGAACGAGGCAUCGAGGCAAUGAGGGUGACCACCGACAUUGCAUUCCAUUCUGCAGGAAUGCUGAGUCCGCUGGCCCAACCAGUGAGGGAGAUCUUAGCGAAAUAUAUUCAGCCUCGGCCAGCAACGAUACCUCUCUACUCGACCUCCGACGUUGACCCACGCUCAGAUACCCUACGAGACGCCGAAUAUUGGGUUCACAACAUGAUUAGUCCCGUUUUACUCACAUCCGCCGUGAAGGCAUCCAUUUCAGACGGGUUCCGGCUAUUCCUCGAAGUUUCCAGUAAUCCAAUUGUGUCCCAUUCAAUCCACGAGACCAUUAUAGAUGAUGGGAUUGAGAACGAAGAGUUCGCAGUAAUCCCAACCGUUCGCCGCCACAAGUGUCCGGAGACCUGUGUGGCGCAAGCUAUCGGUAGGUUGUACACAAAGGCCGCAACCAUCGACUUUAACAGGUCUCUUGGCCGUCGAUGGGCACCGGGAGUGCCUGGGACACAGUGGGUGCACAAGCCAAUUUGGAGAAAGGUGCAUAGUGGCAGAUCGCUGGGCUCGGGCAGCCUCGCGCACGACGUCGACAAGCACACUCUGCUAGGCCAGUUGACCCCCGUUUCCGGGACAGCAGCCAAGACGACUUUGUACACCACCAGAUUGACCAAUGACACCAAGCCAUUCCCAGGCGAUCAUCCGCUCCAUGGCACUGAAAUAGUGCCCGCUGCCGUGCUCAUCAAUACUUUCCAUCACGCCACGGGGGCUUCCACUUUGUCCAACAUUGUCCUGCACGUCCCGGUAGCCAUUAGUGGUGCACGAGACGUCCAGGUCGUAUUGGUGGAUGACAGUAUCAAAAUAACCUCACGGCUGCAACAAAGCAGUACCUCUGAAGAACAGUCUUGGGUUACCCAUACUGUGGGUCGCUGGAGUGUAACUCAGUCAAAUACCAGCGUGGCGCCUUACAUCAAUAUCGAGGCUGUCAAGCGGCGAAUCGGUACUGUCUUACCCUCUAACUUCUCCAUCGACUACUUACACAAGGUCGGCGUUUCGGCCAUGGGGUUCCCUUGGGCUGUCACAGAGCACUUUGGCGACCUUAAGCAAAUGCUUGCUCAUGUUGACGUUGCGCCAGAUGUCGCAGAGGGUACCGAACUGCCCUGGCAUGGCUCUUCAUGGGCCCCUAUUCUCGACGCCGCAACAUCUGUGGGGUCUACCAUCUUCUUUGACAGACCAAAAUUACGGAUGCCAGCACAAAUUGAGACGGUACAGUUCUUCACAGAGUACGGGGUGCCGCCGCCCAAGACCUGCUAUCUCUACGUAGAAGAGGCCUGCGAACAUGGAGCUCCCGCAAUUCAUGUCAACGUGUGCAAUAGAGAGGGAAGAGUGUUGGCCAGAUUUGAAUCGAUGCGCUUCUCCGAGAUCGAGGGCACCCCAGGCGUCGGCGGUAGUGUCGAGAGCCUUGUCCACCACAUCGCCUGGGUGCCCGCACUAUUCUCGCGCAAGGCAGCUUCAUGGGAUAGCUUCAUCCUAGUAUCAGAAGACCCGGCUACCCUUGACUGGCGCUGGAAACAGCUGCAAAAAGAGCGUAGAGCCAGGAACGUGACUGCUACCCGGGUACAGUCGGCGGCAGAAGUGGUCGCUGAAUCACUGGCCACCAAUACGGCCAUUAUAUACUGUCCGGGUCCCGUAUCAGUUCUCGCUGACGUACCAUCCAAAGCCGAGACGUUCCUCUCGGAGCUGCUGAUCUUAACUAAGCACGCCGUCGGUAGCACCUCCACCUCUGCAAGCGGAAGUGGAAGUAAAGUAUUCGCCAUUACCACAGCCGUGUCAACUGCUGAAACACCCACGUCGCUAUCUCAUGCUCCGCUCCACGGGCUCGCCCGUAUCAUUGCAUCUGAGCACCCUGACCAAUGGGGGGCAUUAAUAGAUGACGAGGAUCUUAGCGGCAAUCGGACCUUUCCCAUGCUCGCAAUGACGUACGUCCACGGCCAAGACGUUAUCUGCAUGGAUGACGGUCUCCCCUGCGUUGCUCGUCUGCAACCGCUGCCGCGUGAGAGAUUGUAUGAUCCCCUUACCUCUUCUUCUUCCUCUCCACCUCCCUCUUUGCUGCCUAAGGCGGCAGGUACAUAUCUAGUGACGGGCGGACUGGGUUCGCUCGGGCUUGAGGUAGCGGGCUGGCUCGUGGAGAAGGGGGCGCGGCGGAUGGUGCUGGUAUCACGACGAACACUGCCUGCGCGCUGUGAGUGGGACAAGCUCGAGACAUCCUCAUCCAGCGGCCUCAGGCCUGCUGUUGACAAGAUUCUGGCACUCGAGGCUUGCGGAGCAACGGUAUACACACUCGCGGUCGACGUAGGUGCAGCAGACGCAGCGGCAGUGCUAAAAACCGAAUUAGACAGGCUGGGGCUUCCACCGGUGCUGGGUGUAGUCCACGCGGCGGGCACGCUCGAAGACCAGCUCAUUCUGAAUGCCUCAUCUGAGGCCUUCUCGCGCGUGCUGCAGCCCAAGGUUGCUGGGGCGUUGGCAUUGCAUACCGUUUUCCCACCGCAAACGCUUGACUGGCUUGUCCUCUUUAGUUCGUGCGGUCAGCUCUUCGGCUUCCCAGGCCAAGGCAGUUAUGCCAGCGGGAAUGCCUUCCUUGACUCCUUAGCUACCUAUAGGCGCACGCUUGGAGACAAUACCGUAGCCUUUCAGUGGACUAGUUGGCGUGGCCUGGGUAUGGCAGCAAGUACUGGGUCCAUCAACGCUGAGCUGCACAGCAAGGGCAUUAGCGACGUCACGCCUGAGGAGGCCUUUCGAGCUUGGGAGCAUUUUGGUAAAUUUGACCUAGCUCAUGGUGCUGUGCUGCGGAGCUUAGCCUUUCCUGAAGGUAAGCCGCUGCCCGUGGAUAUCUUGGACGACAUCGCAAUAAGAACAAUCGCGCCCUCAUCUGGUGCUGCAGAGGGAGAUAUCAAUAGCGACACCGCAGGUGGAGGCGGGAUACCUACGAACGACCUUGACCUGAGGACAUGGUUGGAACAGAAAAUUAGAGACAUCUUCGCUGGAGUCCUAAUGUUGCGAAGUGCUGACGAGGUGGACCCGCGCGCUGCUAUAGCGCAAUUGGGCGUCGAUAGUGUCAUAACAGUGACGCUGCGUCACCAAUUGCAGAGUGUCUUGAAAGUCAAGGUGCCGCCUACUCUUUUCUGGAGUCACCCAACUGUUCGGCAUCUUACUAGCUGGUUCGCGGAGAAGAUCGAGAAGUAA